CCAAAUGAGAUGUUCUUUGUUAACAUUGCUCUGACCAGUCAAACUCCACGUACCACCGUCUCUCCAUCACGAGCAGUAGUGAUUAUCAACGAUAUGAAUGAACCUGAGUGUGUUCCCACACUUUCGUUUUCUUCUGAGACAUAUGUUGGGGAAGAGUUUGAGAGAGUAGCUCAAGUAUGUGUAGCACUCAGUCUUACUCUCAGUAUCCCUCUCGACUUCAUCAUCACAGCCACUGACACGGGCAGUGCUACAGCU